AGCAGUCGGCCCUGUAACAUAUUUCAUUUUACAAAACCCCGUCAUGAUUUCAAUAUCAGUCUGGAAUCAAGUCUGGGAUUGAGUCGAAUCCAUUUGUGCCCAGAAUAAGCCACAAACCAAUAUCCAUCUUCAAAUAUUUUAUACAAAAAGCAGUGCAGGAAAAACCAGGAAUACCAAUUUCCAUCCAGAAUGGCGGAUGAUCGAAAGAGUUUCAAUGCGACAACGGUGCAAGUGCAUAUCCGUAGUGCAUCCGAGCGCAAACCCAAAGAAGCCACCGGAAUGCAGGCACCAAAGAAUGAGGAGAAAAAUGAGUCCAAGGAGCGCAAGGAGCACAAAGACAGAAAAGAAAGAAUCAUCGGCAAGAAAGAGUGUCCGCCGCGAAAGAGCAGCGGUAAGCAGACCAAGGAGCAGAGGAUCAUCAAGCAGUUCCGGAACAUUGACUUUUCGCGCAAGGACUCGGACCACAAGCUGACGGUGCAGACCCUGGAGUUUCCGGAUGUCAAUAUCAAGCGGACGGAUCUGCACAAGCGGGACGAGUGCGGCCAGAGUGUGGUGCAGAAGAGGGGACGGGAUCUAGGCAGCUCCAGCAACUCCCACUUCCGGGAUGGGGUGAUGUCGGUCAAGAUCCGGAAGAAAAGCUGCACAUCGAGCACGUCCUCGGUGUCCAGCAGUCGGAUCUCCUCGGAGCGGCCAUCGGCCCGGGUGCGCGGCAUGCCCGACUCGCAGGAGAUGAUCGACUCGCUGCACGAACCCUCCGAGCGUCUGCCGUUCUUCAAGGGCGAGGCCUGGAAGAAGCCCUGUCCGGCCAGUUUUAUCGCCGGAGCCCCACUCUCCCACAUCGGACGCUGUCCGGAUAACUACAAUCAGCUGGCGAAGCUCCGACCAUCGCGGCAGAAGUUCUUCCUCACGCAGGACCCUCGGGUGACCCACUGCCUAGUGAAUCCCGUGGCACUGCGGCACAAGCCGCUGACCAAAGUGGAAGAGUACGAGGUGAUCAGCAAGAUGGUCAAGUACGGCGACAAUCUGUGCGCCAGCACGGGCUCCGAGGGCUCCGAGUCGCACAUCAGCGAACUGAUUGACCUACAGAAUCCCUUGAACUUGGACUUCCACGGCAUGGACUACAAGAACACGUACGAGCAGGACGAGAACGAGCAGGAGGACACGCAGACCUACUGGCGGGUCAACCGGUACAUGGCCAGGCGUGCCACAAAGAAGAACACCCAGGUGAAGGUGGAGGCAGAGCUGAAGGCCGAGCGUCUGGCGGUGCCCAGGCGCUUCACGACCCUCAUCAAGGACGAGCCCGUAAAGGAGGAGCCCCCUGUGAAGUCGCCACGUCUGGUGGACCUGUACCGCAGUCCCGACAAGCCCGCGAACAAAAAGAAGAUCGACGAGGAGCGCGCGAAGCGAGAGGAACGCUACAAGGACAUCUAUUUGCGGAAAAAACAGCGCGAGCUGGAACAGGAGAAGGCGCGGGAAAAAAGGGAGGCUGACGAAAAGGAGAUUCAGGCCCGCACUGUGGCCGAGCAGGAUCUCAGCAAGGAUCUGGCCAUUAUCGAUGACGCCAUCGAGCGGAGCUUCCGCAAGAAUGUCGAGAUCAAGCCGGUGGUCCGCAAUCGCAAGGUCUUCCCCAAGACCCUGACCGAAACGGAGCGCCUCAAGGCCGUCAUGCACCGCGAGAACUGUGUCAGCCGCGACCUGGCCAAGGUCACCCAGCAGUUCUUCCUGGAGCGCACCGGCAAGAUGAAGAAGCUGCUCGCCGCGGAGCAGAACCUCCGCUGCGAGGAGAGCAUCGAGGGGAGCGUGGGCUCGACGCCCAGCGAGCAGAGCAGCGACGACGAGGAUUACCUGAAGGUGGGCAAGAUCGGCGAUCACUUCCAGCUGCGCGGCUUCCACUUCAAGCACGGCGACGGGCUGCGCGGGAAGCUGCAUCGCCACCAGAUCAUGCAGGGCCAGCGCACGGUCAAGGGCUGUCUCACGCGCGAGGAGUGGCUCAACCAGCUGGUGCCACACAAGGAGCCCAUCAAGCUGGACAUUGAGCGGGGCAUCAUCAAGGUCAUGGAUCCCGACGACCCCAACAUGGAUCUGUUCCCGCCGGCGCCGCUGCUGAUGCGACAACACGUGCGCAAGAGCGCCGUCAGGGAGUUCAUCGACAAGCGCCUGGGCAUGCACUACCAUCGGAUGCUGCGCAAGAACAUCAAAGUGAUCAAACCGAAGCUGCAGUACAACGUGCAGAAGUUCAACCUCAUUCGCUAUGUCUUCCCCGAGAAGGUGAUUGUGCCCGACGAUCGGGAUCUGGUGGAUGUGGUCGAUGUGGAUGUCCUGGAUGCCACAAAGACCACCACCACCCUGGAGUAUCUCAAGCUCAAGCAGAAGAUAGCCUCGAUCAAGCGCCACAAGAAGAAGCUCGCUCGCAUGGAGCUCUUGGGGCUGCCGUGCCAGGAGAUCAAGAGGCAACAGUUGCGGGACUUGGGACAGGAUGAAGGAGAUCACGAGGACAUCGAAGUGGACUGGGUGCCGACGCCAGAGCCGCCCUACGACCAGUCGGCCACUGAUGGGCAGGGAUCGAGCAUCGACAGUCGCCUCUCAGCCGGUUGCGACACUCCCCGGAAGGACCCUAGCUGUUUUAUUCCCACCUGGAAACGCUACGGGAUGGCUCCAAACAACCAGAAGAACCGCAAUCGGAACAGAUACUGGAGCAAUAGCAUCCUAAAGGGACGAAUGUCCCCAGAGAACUCCUCGGAGGACCCAGAGAGUCGGCAAAAAAACACAAACCACGAUAGAUAUUGGCGGAAUAGCAUCAUACGGCGACAGCAGGCGCCCGACGAUCACCAGUCAAUCGCUUCGAUCUUUCGGAACAGCCGCAAUCGCGAGGGCUACUGGCGCAAGAGCAAAUUGUGCGGCGAAAAGACCUCGAACGGACGCCUGAUGGCCGGCGAAACGUAUCAACCCAUGCGCUACCGCGGAAAUAUGCCAGCACCAAAGCUGCGAGAGAAAACCCUGACGAUUCAUCCACGUCGCCGUCGCGACUAUGAAACCGAGCGCAUACCCUCGGCCCUGUUCAAUGAGGUCCUGCCCUACUCCCCCGUGCCGCUGAUGGAACAGCCCGAGGAGGAGAGGAAGCGUCUCGCGAAUGUGCGGAAGAAGAAGCGUCGGUAUACGGACUUGUUUGAGGCACGCCACCAUCACGACCACUGGGCGCCCACCGAACUGAAGAAUGUCCAUGUGCAGUACCAGAACAAGACCGUCUAUCCGGAGAUCACAACUAUCCGUAAGAGGAUCAAGGAACCUGUGUUCAGGUUCGAGAAGGCCAAUCCCCCGUGCAAGCAACACAUCGACAUGGACAUGUCGAUGCCGCGCUAUGACUUUGAGACGAUGAUCCGCGAACAUCUGGCUGUCACGCGCACCGACAACAAGGAGGCCACCGGCGAGGUGGUCCAUGACCUUUGCUAUCCCCACGACUUUGUGUUUCACUCGCGGGAUCCCGAGGAGAUUGCCAAACUGGACUUCCCAGGACGCAGGCAGUAUCUGGAGUUUCUGCGCGAGACGCGCGAGGCCAUCUACGAGACCAAGGACAUAGAACCGGGCGAGGAGCGGCUGCUGGUGGACCGCAAGGCCAUCGAGGCGGAUCUGGAGGAGGAUCUGCGGAGCAUCCAGAACUGCCUGAGUUCGCUGAGCAGCUCCACGUGCACCGACCUCUCGAAUGACAGCGGCAGCUUCCUGGUGGUCGAGGGCAAGACCAAAAUACCCCUGGACUACAUACGGAAGCCACUGGUGCCGUUCGAGGAGAUGCGACGCUCACGCUUCCACGCCACGAUCAUCGAUGUGAAUGCCGAGGACGAGGAUCCGUAUCGAAUGCUGCCCUUUUCGGGCCAGCACAAGGAACAGUCGGCCAUAAUGGGUCCGAAGGACACCUUCUUUACUUUCAGCACACGUCUAAGGAAUAGUCUUCGCCUGCGAUUGGAGGUGGAGGUCCCCGAUGUACGUAAAACCCUCCUGGGUCCAGGGCAUCACAAAUAUUACGGCGCUGUGAUCACAGAUCUCGAUGAGAACUACAUCGAGGAGCUGAAGAGUCGGGCCAACGUCAAGACAUUCAACUUCAAGACUGGCAUAGAGCUGCUCAAGGACGCCAUGAGGCUGAAGUACGAGUCCCUGCUGAUCCAGGGCCAGAUGGUGCGCACAAAGAUCUACGACCGGAUGAACGAGCGGCAUUGGGUCAACAUGAAGAACGCCAAGAACCUGUACGAGGGUCUGUUCGCCAAGUGGCAGAAGAAGCAGUACAACGCGGCCAUGAUGCUCGUCUACCAGGUAAAGGCCUACUACGAGAUCACCGACAAACUGAAGCAGGAGUACCGCGAGCUGGAGCGCGAGCUAAUGAUGCUCAACAUGGACAUUGUGUUCAUCGAGGGCCAUUGGAUACGCUGCAUCAUGCUGCAGAAUUUCCACUACCUCAUGGGGGACCAGGACUGGCGCAUGGAGAACGACUGGAUACAUUUGGUGCCCGCUACAAGGCUGGGCAAGGAAGAUACGGAGGACGUCGGCGAGGAGCAGGAGCUGGAUGAGGAGGAGGAGGAGGAUGUCGAAAUGGAGCUGGAACGCGCAGACAUCUCCAUAGCCAAGCGGGCCAUCGUCAACAUUCGAGUGCGCGACAAGGACGAUGCCUGGGCCAUACGCGCCUUCUACUACGAUGUCUACAUGGAGAAGAUCCAUCCGAUCCUGCAGGUCUUUCCCGAUGCCGAGGCCUUCCUUCAGGGCGUGAAUAAUCUCAAGACCCAGACCUUUAUGACCCUUCUCGAGAUGCACUUCACGCUCUCGAUCCACACGGAGCUGCAGGGGCGACUGGAGACCUUCAUGGACUGGUGCAGCAAACACCUCAAGGAGAAGGAGGAGUACGUGGCCCGCAAGUCCGCCAAGAAGUUCUUCAUGGAGGGGCGGGCCAUCGAAAUGGAGGCACGGGUGCUCCACUAUCUCGGAAAACCCAUCGAGCAGUCCUUCGCCGACGAGGAGUACAACAAGCAUCGGGCCGUCAUUGCCGAGGUCUGGCGACGCAUCAUUCCCGACACUGUCCGGGGCACCAGCGACGUGUUGCCCUCCUCUGCGGACAUGGUGGCUGGCAUCAGUGACGUGGUGAUGGAGCUCCUCGGGAAAUUCGAGCACCUGGACAUCCACAAGGCGCGACAGGUGGAGAACAGCCUGCGCAAGAAGCGCCGCUAUCUGCAGAAGAUCUCGGCGCAGGCCUACCAGGUGGAGCGGCGCAUCGAAAUGGAAAUGAAGAAGGUGCGCCGCAACCUGGAGCCCCCCUACAAGCCCCCCAAGCGGGAGGGCCGUCUGCCGCGACUGUUCCUCAAGAAGCGGGUGGUGAAGCAGCCGGUGCAGAAGAUCGUCAUCUCGGAGAACACCAAGAACUUCAUGCGGGCCUUCAAGGAUGACGGCGAGAUGAUUGCCGACUCGCUCACCCAGGAAUCGCUGAUGGUGGUGGACAACAUGCAGGAGCAGAUAGUGCCCUUCUACUUCGAUCAUUUCCUCAAAAUCAACGGCUAUACGCCCAACUACAACUUCAAGACCAACAUCGAGCUGCGCGACGGCCCCGAGCUGGCGCGCUUCAAGGUCAAGGAGGUGCUGCCCGAUGUUAUCAUUCGUCUGGAGAACUGGGAGCUGAUGCACAAGAAGAUCAUGGAGGAGAACAUUCAGCGCAACCCAAAGAUGUACGAGAAUAUUAGCUAAGCACCAUAUUUUGCGUUUAUUUUGUGCUUUAAAAAAGACGAAUAUUUAAUAAAUUACAAGUGAGAGACCUGCAAGGGAGGCUGCCGUGCCCCAGUA